GAAAAAGGAAGACUAUAUAUAAACGAACUAAUACGUAGAGAGAGAAACCGAGAGAAAAGUGAAUCGAUCGACAAUGGAGUUGAAUCGAUGUAUCUACGAAACCUUUUCUGAAAUGACGCGUUGAAUUAUACUUACACUUCCACAUCAUAAGUAAUUGAUACUACAUAGUUGGAGUAGCAAUUGGAGUUCAAUUUGUUGGGAGGAAAGCUAAAUCUGGAUUUGCUUAAAUUAGAGAGAGAGAGAGAGAGAGAGAGAGAGAGAGAGAGAGAGAGAGAGAGAGAGGCCUUGUAUUGUGUAUAUAUAGAUUGGGCUGGAAAUCUGGGGACCCUAAAUCUGGCAAACGCGAGCGGGGGGUUGAGGGCAAGAUCGUCGUUGAGGCAAGAGAUCUCCAAGAACGACGACGAAGAUUCCCGCCCCUGGCGCCGCCGGAUUUUGUCCUCCAUGGCGGUGCGGCUCACCUGGUCCUCCGCCUUCCGCGCCGGGCUAUUCCUCAUCCUCCUCGCCGCCAUUGCCUCCGCCUUCAUCACUCUUCCCGUCGAAAAGAUUUUGAAAGAUUUUUUGCUAUGGGUUAAGCAUGAUCUUGGGCCAUGGGGUCCACUUGCGCUGGCUGUUGCAUAUAUUCCUCUUACUGUUCUCGCAGUUCCAGCCUCAGUACUUACGCUUGGAGGUGGUUAUCUCUUUGGAUUACCAGUAGGAUUUGUUGCUGAUUCUAUUGGUGCCACCCUAGGUGCAACAGCUGCCUUUCUUCUGGGCAGGACGAUUGGAAGAUCUUAUGUUAUUUCCAAAUUAAAGAAGUAUCCAAAGUUUCAGGCUGUUGCUAUCGCAACUCAGAGAUCUGGCUUCAAGAUUGUUCUUCUGCUUCGGCUUGUUCCGUUACUUCCAUUUAACAUGUUGAAUUAUCUUCUGUCUGUGACUCCUGUUCCCCUAGGGGAGUACAUGCUGGCUUCUUGGGUGGGGAUGAUGCCAAUAACAUUUACCUUCGUAUAUGUUGGAACGACUUUGAAGGAUCUUUCUGAUGUAACACAUGGAUGGGCUGAGGUUUCAAAAACUCGUUGGGCACUUAUGGCAGCAGGUUUUUUGAUAUCAGUGAUUCUGAUGGUAGUCACCACUAAAGUUGCAAAGGCUUCGUUGGACAAAGCACUUGCAGAAGAUGGUGACAUAGAGGGUAUCUUAGGGUCACCACGGCUUCCAAUCGUAGCAGAGCCACCCUUGGAUCUUCACAAGCCUCUCAUUAUCAAGAUAGACUCACCGGGAAACCAUCAUGAGAAACAAUAAUUCGUGUAAAUUCUUUUGUCUUUAAUUCCUCGAUUCUUUUUUAGUAGUUGUUAGAAUGGUAGACUGAAAAAAAAAAAAGAACUCUGAGCUUUAUGUACAAAACAGAGCUUCUGUAUUGUGAUUGCAAGCUGUUUAGUUUACAUGUAACUUAACAGCGAACUGGCCAAAUUUUGAAGUGAAUAAUACGUUAGGAUUUGUGCCCA